AGGCAGCCAAGCUUGAAAACCCUUGCUAGCUAGAAACAUACUCCAUGGGCACAGAACGUGACAUUGAUGGUUACUUAACCCUAGUUUCAAUCACCAAAACCGUGUCUGUACUCCCAAAAGUUCUGCACCCACCAAAACUUCUCACCCUCUCAAACUUGGACAGGCAGAGUCCAAUCCAUAUGUACUUGGUUUUCUUUUAUAAUUCUAACUCUGCUGCUCAUCAUAAAGACAACGAUCUGUUACUUGAUGGAGCUGAUGAUUCGGUUUUCGGAAGCUUGAAGUGUGGAUUGGAAGAGACGUUAUCGGUGUGGUACCCAGCUGCGGGGAGGUUGAGCUUGAACCCUAGUGAUCAUGGAAACAAAUUCAACUUGUGGUGCAACAACAAAGGCGCUGUUCUCGUCGAGGCGGAGACACCGGUUAAUGUCUCGGAGCUUGGGGACCUCUCUCAGUACAAUGAAUUUUUUGAGAAAUUGGUUCACAAGCCUGUGUUUGAUGGAGACUUCUCUGAGACGCCCUUGGUUGUUGGUCAGGUGACCAAGUUUGGUUGUGGAGGCUACUCAGUAGGUAUUGGUAUCAGCCACUCAUUGUUCGACGGACCGGCGGCGUAUGAAUUUAUGAGUGCAUGGGCUUCCAAUUCUACCAAAACUAAGAAACAACACAAAGUUUCGGAGAUUCCUAAUUUACCAGUGCACGACAGAGGGACACUACUGAUGGACAAGUUUGAUGAAGCUCAAAAGGGGAUUAGUACAGACUUGUUGCCAAACCAAAACGAGGACGGAUCUCCCGGAGUAACUAGGGCUGCAGCCGUUGGUCAUUUAUAUCAAUUGAUCAUACAAGCAGCAGCAUCCAAUGACCACAUGAAUUUCCUCAAAAAUGGGUCUAAUAUUUUGGAUCAAAUUAAUGAUCGUAAUUAUGUUUAUAAGACCUUUCAUCUGAGAGGUACACUGAUUGAGAGUUUGAAGAAAGAAGUUUGUGGUCAUGAAACGAGUAGCUUUCCAUGUUCAUCCUUUGAAGUUGUGGCUGCUCACCUCUGGAAGGCAAAGACCAAGGCUUUAGGAGUGAAGAAGGAAGCAAUGGUGUGCCUACAAUUUUCCGUCGACGCAAGGAACAAGGUGGACCCCGUACUUCCCCAAGGCUUCAGCGGCAAUGCGUUCGUGCUGGCCUCCGUUGCCCUAACGGCGGCACAGGUGGAGGAAGCCACCCACAAAGCCAUCGUCGAGAAGAUAAGGGUGGCCAAGAACUCUGUCACCAACUCCUACGUGAAGGCAUACAUGGAGGCAGUUGGUGGGCCACAGACUACUCUGCCUCCCCUUGAGGAGCUCACUCUGGUAUCUGACUGGACCAGAAUGCCCUUCCACAAAAUAGGGUUUUUGCAUGAAUCGGCCGCAUAUGCGUCUCCGUUGGUCUCUUCGAUCUCGCAGGUCGCGUACUUUAUGCAAAACCCUAGUGACUGUAAGGGCAUUGACAUGAGAGUCGGAUUGCUUCCGCAAUACGUCAGUGCCUUCUCUCGCUGUUUCAUUGCUAACGACUAACAAGCAAUGAAGACGCACAAAUCCCCCAACUCUGUGGCUAAGCUCCGAUAGCGAAGGAAGUGCUGUUGAUAUUAAAUUAGGUCAAGAGUUCGAGUUCGAUUGGUCCAAUUGUUUGGUUGAAACUAUUGUAUUUGUUUUGCGUUUACUUUCUCUUUUUGUUGGUAGUUGGGUGUGAGCUUUAGUCUGAAGGUGGUCUGUGGAGAGAUUAAUUAUUAUAUGAUUAUGAUUUCCA